AAAGACCUCUUCCGAUCACCGCAAUGAUAGAAGCCAGCCAUUCAUCUCUUUCCUCUCCUCCGCCUUCUCCACCUCGCCUCCUUCCACGAAACUAGGGUUUCCCAAGUCCGCCGCAAAGAUGUCGACGUUCAGCGGCGACGAAACUGCCCCCUUCUUCGGGUUCCUCGGCGCUGCCGCGGCCCUCGUUUUCUCCUGCAUGGGGGCGGCGUACGGGACGGCGAAGAGCGGCGUCGGUGUGGCGUCCAUGGGUGUGAUGCGCCCGGAGCUGGUGAUGAAGUCGAUCGUGCCCGUCGUCAUGGCUGGAGUGCUUGGGAUCUAUGGUCUCAUCAUUGCGGUGAUCAUCAGUACCGGGAUCAACCCCAAGGCCAAGUCGUACUAUCUCUUUGACGGGUACGCGCACCUCUCGUCUGGGUUGGCUUGUGGCCUUGCAGGACUUUCGGCUGGGAUGGCGAUCGGCAUCGUGGGCGAUGCUGGAGUAAGGGCCAACGCGCAGCAGCCAAAGCUCUUCGUAGGUAUGAUUCUUAUUCUCAUCUUUGCGGAAGCUCUCGCGCUCUAUGGUCUUAUCGUUGGCAUUAUUCUUUCCUCUCGGGCUGGUCAAUCUCGAGCGGAGUAAGAAACACAUGACGAGUGUGCUCGCCGUAGUAUAUUUCUGCAACUUUUUUGUUAUCAUAAUGUAAUUUAUUCAAAUGACUCCUCUGAUGAGAGUCUGUUGUUUGUUAACUCACACUACAUCCUCAAUAAUUUGUCACUGCACUUUUAUUUGUACGAAUGAUUAUAGACGUGCAACCUUCGUAUAAUUUUGGUCCA